AUGCUGCUAAUUUGGACACUCUCAAUACUGCUGGGAGCAGUGGCAGGAAAAGAAGCCUGCUACGAGCGACUUGGCUGCUUCAGUGAUGAUGAGCCAUGGGCAGGAACUACAGAAAGACCACUCAAAAUCCUGCCCUGGGCUCCAGAAGAUGUCAACACCCGCUUCCUCCUGUAUACCAAUGAGAACCAAGACAACUUUCAAGUAAGAGCACUCUUGGAAGUGACUGCAGAUCCAUCAGUUAUCAAGGGCUCCAAUUUCAGAAAGGAUAGAAAAACCCGCUUUAUUAUUCAUGGAUUCCAAGACAAAGGAGAAGAAAGCUGGCCGUCCAGCUUGUGCAAGAACAUGUUUCAGGUGGAAAGCGUGAACUGCAUCUGUGUGGACUGGGAAAAAGGGGCCCAAACAGGAUACUCACAGGCUUCACAGAACACCCGGAUUGUAGGGGCAGAAGUGGCGUAUUUUGUUGAAGUUGUUCAGUCAGCGUUUGGGUACUCACCUUCCAAUGUCCACAUCAUUGGCCACAGCCUGGGCUCCCAUGCUGCUGGGGAGGCUGGAAGAAGGACCCAAGGGACUGUUGGACGAAUCACAGGAUUGGAUCCAGCUGAACCUAACUUUCAGGGAACACCUGAAUUAGUCCGAUUGGAUCCCAGUGAUGCCAAGUUUGUGGACGUAAUCCACACGGAUGCUGCCCCCCUUAUUCCCAACUUGGGGUUUGGAAUGAGCCAAACUGUGGGCCACCUAGAUUUCUUUCCAAAUGGAGGAUUAGAAAUGCCUGGAUGUAAGAAGAAUAUUCUCUCUCAGAUUGUUGACAUAGAUGGAAUCUGGUCAGGACUUCGUGACUAUGUGUCCUGUAAUCACUUGAGAAGCUACAAGUAUUAUUCUGAUAGCAUUCUCAACCCUGAUGGCUUUGCUGGAUUCUCUUGUUCCUCUUACAGUGACUUUACCGCAAACAAGUGCUUCCCCUGUCCAAGCGAAGGCUGCCCACAGAUGGGUCAUUAUGCUGAUAGGUUUCCUGGAAAAACCAGUGGAGAGGGCCUGGAGUUUUAUCUAAACACUGGUGAUGCCAGUAAUUUUGCCCGUUGGAGGUACAGGGUAACUGUCACACUGUCAGGAGCUACGGUUACAGGACACGUACUAGUGUCUUUGUUCGGAGACAAAGGAAACUCUAGCCAGUAUGAAAUUUUUAAGGGCUCUCUCCAACCAGGCAAUACCCAUUCCACUGAAAUUGACUCAAGUGUGAAUGUUGGGAACGUGCAGAAGGUUAACUUUAAUUGGUAUACCAAUUUGAUCAAUCUAACUCAACCCAAAGUGGGAGCAUCCCAGGUUGUGGUGGAAAGGAAUGAUGGGAAAGUGUUCAACUUCUGCAGUCAAGAAACUGUGAAGGAGGAUGUUCUGCUCACCCUCACGGCGUGUUAG